UUCUGUUCACCUUUCGUCGGUUAAAGAUCGUUGCCUGCGAAACCAACGGAUAUAAGAAUAUACACCAAACCAACCCCAGAGCUCCGUAACUGAAAGCAACAAAUGCUUUGGAAAGAUAUUUUUGAAAAAUUCCGAGCAAGACCAAAACUGAAACGUCAGAAACAAGAGCAAUACAAAAUAUCAAGUUCAGAUGAGCCUGAUUAAUGUUAAAAAUUUCAAAUUAAAAAGUGCACUUCGGCGGUAAAUGACUAACUGAUUUUGUUUUAAAAAUCGAAACCCAAACCAGUUGAAAACAGGCAAAAUAUUUUCGAGUGUCCCCCUACCCAGUGCCAGUGCAAAAGUAAAAAAAAGUAAAUUCCCGCAAAAUAAAUCAAAAAAUUUUGUGCAACGUUAAAAAUACACAAAUAAUUUCGAAUAAAAUAUUGUCGUGUUACUGCUGACAAAAGUGCAAUACAAGUAUAUAUAUAUAUAUAUAACCAUUAUAUUUAUUACAACCAAUUACAUAUUGUUAAUCAAAAGUAAAAAUAUAUACAUAUCAACGCAAAAUACAAAUAUUAUAUAGUGCGGUAUAGAAAGAAAUUGCAAGAAUUACAAAAUAAAAGAUAAAGAGCCGCUUCGGAUUCAAUUGCAAUUUUUUUGCGGUGUACUUGUAAUUUUGUUGACGCUGCAUUCUCGCCAUUAACUUCAGAUUCAGAUUCAUACAUAUGCGAUAUAUGAAUUUUGAUUUCUGAAUUUCCGCUCCGACUCGUGUUCGUCGACCACAGCAGAAAACUUGAAACUCUUUCGUCAGUCCAAUGCUAGACUUCCGACGAUACUACGCACAAACCCAUGUUGGAUUAUAAUUUACACCCUUAAAUUGGGGGCUACAAUGCGGCCAGAAGUAUACGAUGUUACAACAGUUCACGCUGCCCAAUGUCAGGACUUUUUCUAUACUGAUGAUAUUUGUGGUUGCUAUUGCGAUGCCAACAUGCGCCGCGAAAAAUGGCUAUGUUUUAAAAUUACAAUGUCCCAGCGACCGGGCGCUGCACAUCAAUGCGCACGGCAAAGUGAGCGCCGAGGAUAUGUCCCUGGCACAGUCUUUCGUGAUGAACAGUGUGAGCGAUGUGUUUGGCGAUGUGUUUGGAGAUGUGGAUUUCAAAAUCACCAUCUAUGCGCCGGACGUCGACUUGUAUCUGUGCUUCCAUCAAAACAAACUUGUUGGAAAGAGAAACGCCACAAAGGACUGCCACUUUAGAGAGUCAAUGGUUAAUGGGUAUCACCAGUACACCCAUGCCUACAACUCAGUGCUCCAUGUUGGCUUUAAGCGCAACUUUAAGCCAAUUGGCCCCAAGGACUUGAAGAAGCCGAGAGUGAUGGAGAAGGCCUACUGGUCCUUCUACCCCACGGAGGCUGAGCAUUUCCGAAAUGCUCUGGGUUUGUUGGGUCGCAAAAAGCAUGCCAGCACCAGCACCAGCACCACCACUACUACUACUACCACAACUACAUCAACCACAUCAACAACAACAACAACGACACCACCACCACCCAGUACUAGCGGAAGUAGCUCAAAAACCACUGAGGCAAGAGCCACCACAACCACAACACAACAACCACCAGUGGCGGGCACAAAACGCGCGCGACAGAAACCGCGUCGCCCAUCAAGUAUUAAUAGCGAUAGUUCUACAAACCCCCAGACCCCCAUCAGCCCCAGCAAUAGACCUAAGUCCUACAACAAAGCCAAUAGCAACAACAACAGUAAAAACAAACACAACAACCACGUGGAGGAUCUGCAGGAGCAGCAGAUGAUCAUCCAGCGGAACCAGAAGAACCAUCAGCGCCGAAUGCGCCUGCAACGCCGGCGCCAGCGGCCGCAGGGAGGUGCCAUGGGUGUGAUGGCGCAGCCGCAGCCGAAGAACCUGGUGGUGCGCCACCACCACAACAAUGCCACGCUGAUGGAGCGCCGCGAGCGCCGUCGCCAGGAGCGGCUGAGGCACAAGCAGCAGCGCCAGCUGUGGGAGCAGCAGCAGCGAGCAGAGGGUGAGCGCGAGAGGGAGCGGGAACGAGAGGAGCACCUGCCCAAGGCCACGUCCUCGGCCUCGUCCAGUUCCUCCUCAUCGUCGACAGCCACGCAAACGGCCCUGACCGCCACCGCCGCCUCACUGGCGCCCAGUGCUUUCAACUUGGUGGCCAUCAUGGCCGCCAGUCGCCGGAAGCGGGACAGGCGAAAACGCGCCACAGCCGCUGCCCCCGCCGCCGCAGCCACCAGGGUGGCAAGUGCCCAUCCCCAUGCCCGUGAUGCUGACAUGCAACUGAUGGAGCUACCCUCGCAGCGUCAGCAGCAACAGCAGCAGCAGAUCCCCACUAUCCCCAACCCGAACGAAUACUCAAAACCCUAUGUUAAUAGUAACUUAAACUUACUAAAAAAUAGUAAUAGCAUUAAUGUUAAUCAUGCAAUACCUGCCUUGCCAAAAAACUACAACUACUUGUACAGUAACGAGCAUUAUAAUUUGAAUACUAAAAGUAGCACGACUGAUUCUAGUAGUUUAGACACUAGCACUAAGUUCGAUAGUCCAAAUAGCCAUAGCCAUAGCCCUAGCCAUAGCCACAGCGCGUUCAAUCAGAAUAUUGACAAUAAUCUUAAGCAAUUAAACGAUCGAAUUGACCCUUUUGUUGCAACAGCAACAGCAACGGCCGGAAGUGAAAGUGCAGGUUCUGUUGCGACAGAGCCCACUGAUGGAGUGACAGAAACAGUAGACGAGACUGUUGUGGAGGAGAAUCGCAAUCAUAUUGAUGCUAAUAAUAUAAUCGACGAUAUCUAUCCGACGAGCGACGAGGAGCACGAAGAGCAGAUUCUAAAGAAACUUUUUCGUGGCCUAGAGAAGCUGCCACUGCAACAGCAGCAGCAGCAGCAACAGCAACCGCAGCAGCAACAGCAACAACCUAAUAUUAAUAAUUUAAAUGAAAAUAUUAAUGUUGUUAACGAUAAUCAGAAUCAUAAUGAUAAUGGGCUGCUGACCAAUAAUAACCAUAAUAGUAAUUACAAUGAGCAAUUUGCGAAUGACGAUGAAACGAUACGAAUUCAAAAUAAUAAAUAUGAAACACAUAUAGUACAAUACAAACAUGCGGUAUUUAUUCAGAUAAGAUGGAUUGGAUCAUCUGGCCAUCCGGAAACAUCAAUGUGA